AUGACUCACUCUAAACUGAUUAAAAUAAUCAAUGGUCGCUUUCUACGCAACCACCAAUUGAUAGACGAUGAUUAUCUAUGGAUUCAAGAUGGUAAAAUCAUUGAUGCCUUUCAUACUUUCUUUGAUGCUGGUAGAGAACCUGAUGUUGUGAUUGAUGCUGAAGGUGCUAUUGUGUCUCCUGGAUUCAUUGAGCUACAAAUCAAUGGUGCAUUUGGUAUUGAUUUCUCUGAUCAAGAACUAUCUGCACAGGACAUUGAAAAAGUGGCAAGAGGUUUAGUACAUUAUGGCUGUACAGCAUUCUGUCCUACUGUAGUAACUUCCCCACCUAAAGUAUAUAGCAAGAUUCUACCCUUAUUAAGACCUCGUUCAGUGGACCAUGGAGCAGAGAUACUAGGUGCCCAUUGUGAAGGACCGUUUAUUUCGACUCAAAAGAAAGGUGCUCAUGAUGCAAGUGUCAUUCGAGACGUUCAUCAAGGUAUAGAGGCCUUCGAUCAAGCUUAUGGUCCUGAGCUAUCAAAAGGUGCUGUACGUAUCAUGACAGUAGCCCCUGAAUUAGACGGUAUGUUGGAUGUCAUUCCUCAACUGGUACAACGCAACAUGACUAUCUCGAUUGGCCAUUCAACAGCCACAGUCAAGCAAGCUGAAGCAGGUGUCACUGCAGGAGCCACGUUUAUGACUCACUUGUUUAAUGCCAUGCCUUUUCAACAUCGCGAUCCUUCUUUAGUAGGCAUCUUGGGGGCUAGUGAUUUACCACUACCUAAACAGCCUGAACGUCAUCCUUCACCUUCUUCUACAUCUAACGAUCCUACACAACCUGAUCCAAGGCCCUUUUUUGGUGUGAUUUGUGAUGGUGUUCAUGUGCAUCCGAAUGCAGUGCGUAUUGCUUAUUAUGCUCAUCCGACAGGUUGUGUCUUAGUGACAGAUGCUUUAUCUGCUGCUGGUUUACCCCGGGGUGUUUAUCAGUUAGGUGGACAAGAAGUCGAAGUGCGUGGCAAGAGUGGUGCUUAUGUCAGAGGCACAGAUACUUUAGCAGGCAGUACAGUUACUAUCGACGAGUGUGUACGCAAUUUUAGAAAAUUCACUCGGUGUUCCAUCGUAGAAGCAUUAGAGGCAGCUACUUUACAUCCUGCUCAAGUUUUGGGCGUUCCUAAAGGUCGACUCGAUCCAGGUACGGAUGCCGAUAUUCUCUUUCUAGAUGAUGAUCUACAUGUCAAACGCGUCUUUUUACGCGGUCAAGAGAUACCACUUGCAAAAUAA